UAGCGCUAGUCACCGGCAGUGCUCCUAUGGUCGAUUUCGGCAAUGAGGCACGGAUGCCCAUGCGGCAAUCGGCUUGCGCAGGUAUCCAAUACUGAUCCGAGCCUCAUAAUGGAUGUCGGGGCAAAUGUGUGGCCAUAAACACUGUUUCAGCCCAUUCGCAAGCAACGAUCUUCCCUCGCCCGCUUAGAUGGUACUCUAGCACCUGAUGGGCUUGAAAAUUCAUUUUCUGGAUAGACAUCCCGCUCCUGGCGAGACGACAUUCUCACGAAUAUGUCGCUGGUGCUAUUGCCGCAGGAGUUGCUCCUUACAGCGUUGGAUAGUCUGGACAUCGAGGAUCAGUGGAGCUUGGGGUUGACUUGCAAGCAGCUAUUUUCCCGUAUUGCUUACUCCGAUCAGUGUUGUCGCCAACUACUAGGCAACACGCUUCGAUAUUCGGAAGACUUCCGAAGAGCCGUGGCAUCUGGGGCUUAUGCUCACACGUGGCGCUGUCUAGUCAAGCGGCGUCGCGCCGUGAGGGACGCCAAGCCAUACCAGGUUGCACUGGUCAAUGUCCCGGGAUCGUUCACCCUAUCCAACGACGCCCUCAUCUCUUGUCGGGGGAGAUGGGUACACGUGCUAUUGUUCGAUAGCUCAGGAAGCCGGAACUUACGCUUGGACGCCUUUGCCUUGCUCAAACAGGCCCUCCCUUCUAUCCCCUGCUGCAAGGUCGACAAGGUUAAUGUUCUGCACCAAGCGUAUGGUAUCGUCACGCUCCUCUACCAGCUCGGAGACAGCGAAAUGCUGAUCCUGUUUUGCGACCCCGCAAAGAGCAUUAUCCUAGGAUACCGAAGCUUCUUCGACUUUAUGAGUUUGUUUGUCCGAAAUGAUAGCAAGUAUCUCUACUGCGGACAUUUCAGGAGCGAGGAUGACUCUGGCCCACGAUGGAAAGUCCAGUGUUAUAUUCUAGCAGAACGCCGCUGGCUGAACACGGUGCAGCUAGGUCCGCAUUUCGCCGGGUGCGACCCGGACAAGACCGUGUGUUUCGAGAUAUUUGACGGGCACCUGUACGGGGCGACCUCUCGGUCGGUAUAUCUCGGGCCGUAUACAUAUAAUGUGACCCAAGGUCAGUAUCGGUGUGUCCAGGUGAUCGCGCGCGACUCCUUGCACGUGAAGGAGGUAGGAGGGAACUUCAAGGGCGGAAGGCUACCCGUGCUUUGCGAAUUCGACCGUAUCAUGCUCAACCGGGACGAAAAGACAGGCGCUGUCUUCUUCCAGAUGUGCCGCAUGAGCAUGUCGAGCGAGUUUUCCCUGGAUUGGAGCUAUAAGCAAUUUAUCUGCCCAGGCAGCGCCUCGGCAUCAGACGACUUCGACCUGUUGUCGUGGAGCCCACCUCCGCCAAUAGUAAAGGGCUCCUACAGCCAAGGCUACGAUGCAACCUCCGGAGAUCUUAUCGCCUCGCAGUACGAUACCGCUAGUAGUGUGUCCAUCGACUUGAUUCGUCGGCCGGUGAAUGCCUCGCGACGAGGGCUCAUUCUUCGAGCCCAACGCAUAGUCGAGCGGCCACGAACCAAGCACGACCCAGCCAACGAAGUCACUCUCGACAAAGCGGAUAUGCUGAGCAUUUGUUGUCCAUGGCUAAAAAUCUGGAAAGAGAGCCUCCCGGCCCAUCACACCAACUCGCUGUACGCGACGCACACCACCAAACACGCUUGGAAUGGCAAAGUCUUCGCCAUGGAGUAUUGGGCGGAUGAAAGCUCCUGUACAUCAGUGCUUAUCAUGUCUUUUGACCCGUCUAUCCGAAUAAAGGCGACGCCGCGACGCCAGGGACAGCCUGCGCGAGGCAUAGGCGGAGGUAGCUCGUGGGCGAGGCAGUGCGACUUUCCUACUACGUCGAAUUGUUCUUUGACGUAGCAAUAUGCCAAUAUAUGAUUCUGUCGAGAUAGUGUUGGAUAAUCGUGCACAUCGAGCCUAUGGAUAAACUAUACACGACUUGAUAUACGAUGGCUUCGCAUCUAUCACGAAGAUUCUACACCACUAUCAGCCUUCCCCUUAGCGGAGUCGAGAAGGGCAUUCUAAUCGCUCCCUAGGAAUGUUUUCUUAUUAAGAGCAUGUGUUGAGCAGACUGUGAGAGUUGAAAGUAAAAGUAUCUGGGAUUUAUCACUCCUGAACCUAGUAUGGCUUCUACAUCAAUCCUGGCUACCUUCUGGGCAUAUCCUUGCUCUUGCGUCGGUACAAAUACCCACCACUAGAAGUCCCCCGAUGCAGUUUCAUGCUGUAGGUCUCCGUUAGAUAUAACAUCCCUAUAUUUCAGCCCAUGGUUUCAGCA